AUGCUUGAGGGGAACUUCUGUGCCUGGGCGUCUCCCAGCAAUCACCAACCCGCCUGCUGGCUGGUCUACACCACGGCGGCCGUGCCCUUGGCUCACAAGGUGUAUCUACACCAGCUGCCCUUUCAGAACAGCGGGACAGAAGAGAGGCAGAAGCACGCAGAGCAGAAAGCGCCCUCUGGCUACAUCCUCGGCAGCAGCUCCAACGACUGCGACGACUUGCCAACACCCCAGGUCGGCGAGCGGAGGGACCCGGACCCCAGGCGAAUGCAGGUGCCGCAGGGGAACCCGCUGCUGCUGUCACACACCCUGCAGGAGCUGCUGGCCAGAGACACCGUGCAGGUGGAGCUCAUCCCGCAGAAGAAGGGCCUCUUCCUGAAGCACGUGGAGUAUGAGGUUUCCAGCCAGACUUUCUGGCUUGGGGCAGUUUUAGGUCACAGCAGAAUUGAGCAGAAGGUACAGAGAUUUCCCAUUACCCUGACCCUGCACAUGCACAGCCUCCCCCAUGACCAUCACCCGCACCGGACCGGGACACUUGUUGCACCUGAUAACCUGCACCGACACGGCAUUGUCACCAGAGCCUGUGGGUGGCAUUUGGGCUCACUCUGGUGGUGUGCAUUCUGUGGGUUUGCAGCAGUGCAUGUAGCCGAGGGCUGGCAGCAGGGCUGCAGUACCAGCCCCUCCGCUAUCCGGGGUCACAGCUGUAGGGAUCAAAUACUGUUGAUUGAAACAAACAGACUCCGUGGUUUUCCUAGGCAGUUCCUGACCCUGGUGUGUCUGUGGGGACAGGGUGAGGAGGUGGGGGACUGUUGCCUCUGGGUGUGUUGUCCGGUUCCCUGGGCUGACCGCGUGGCCUGCUCCUGGCCCCUUUCUCAGCAUGGCCCGUGUCGGGCCGGAGGGGGGCACGUGCACCAGGCAGUCUGUGUGACGUGUGCCCUGUCUUCAGCCGACAGGGAGUUCAUCGAGGCCCGGAGGAGAGCCCUGAAGCGCUUUAUCAACCUGGUGGCCCGGCACCCCCGCUUCUGCGAGGACGUCGUCCUCAAGCUGUUCCUGGCCUUUAGUGGUCCCGAUGUACAGAGCAAGUUAAAGGAAUCGGCUCAGGGUGUUGGAGAUGAAUUCAUGAACUGUAAACUGGCUACUCGGGCCAAGGACUUCCUCCCAGCUGACAUCCAGACUCAGUUCGCAGUGAGCCGUGAGCUGAUCCGAAAUAUCUACAACAGCUUCUACAAGAUUCGCGAUCGGACUGAGCGGAUUGCGACGAGGGCCAUUGACAAUGCUGCUGACCUUCUCAUAUUCGGGAAGGAGUUAAGUGCUUUAGGGUCUGACACGACCCCGCUCCCCUCCUGGACCACUCUGAGCAGCAGCACAUGGGGUUCCCUGAAACACGCACUGAGAGGCCUGUCCGUUGAGUUUGCACUGCUUGCUGACAAGGCUGCACAGCAGGGCAAACAGGAAGAGAACGAUGUGGUGGAGAAGUUGAACCUCUUCUUGGAUUUGCUGCAAUCCUACAGAGACCUGUGUGAGCGGCACGAGAAGGGUGUGCUGCACAAGCACCAGCGGGCCCUGCACAAGUACACUCUGAUGAAGAGGCAGAUGAGCGCCGCUGUGCACGGCCGGGAGCCUGAGUCCGUGGAGCAGCUGGAGUCGCGCAUCGUGGAGCAGGAGAAUGCGAUCCAGACGAUGGAGCUCCGGAACCACUUCUCCUUGUACUGCCUGCACCAGGAGAUGCAGCUGGUCCACACGCACCUGCCCCUCACCUCCCACAUCCUCGGGGCCUUCGUCAACUCCCAGAUCCAAGGGCACAAGGAGAUGAGCAAGGUGUGGGACGACCUGAAGCCCAAGCUCCACUGCCUCUUCGCUGGACCCAACAGCACCCUGACCCCGCCGAGGUCCCCGAGGGAUGGCCUGUCUCCUCACUAGUGCCGAGAGGACCCGGGGGCGAGAGCUCCCGGCACCCUCACUAAAACUUCUUUCUAAAUGGUGUGUCCCUGUUUAAUUCCCUUCGGGUGGCGGCUGGCCCCCCACGCCCCUUGGGCUGCCGCUCCUCGAGCAGAAGAGCUGAUGUCAGGCCCGGAGGCCAGGCCAGGUGCCAUGGCUUCCCUCCCCGUGUGGGGUGCAGGGCCAAGGGCAUGACCCCAGGCCUCUGAGCGUCCAUGCGGGGACUGCUGUGGUUGUCCCUGACCUUGGCACUGUGGCCUUUUAGUCUGCUGGUGAGAAGUGUUAAGGUGCCCUGGUUUUCUCCCCAUACCCAGAGGGCAGGGCAGCAAGGAUGGUUUUCACAGCGGAUGGUGUUGGGGAGCGGGUGCUGGGAUGGUGGGAGGCGUCUGGAUUAGCUGAGCGGGGAGAGGGCUGCUGAAAACCUAUGGAGGGCAGGACUUCCCUGCAGCGAGGAUGGACACCUUGGACAGGACACGUAACUGGUCAGUGAGGCCAGCAGAUGGCCCUGGGUGGGGGGCGGUGCGGCUGCAUGAGUGCGUGAACGGCAGCAGGAGCCACAGGCAAGGUGGGACCCGGGGCUCGCUGGACACACCAACAGCGCUCAUUUCCAGGGGAUGAGCUCCAGCGAGUGCCCUAGAGGCCCUGGUCUGGGACUGGCCUCUAGGGCAAAGUGUCCCAUGUCCCUCCAUACAUGCACACACACAUGCUCAGACACACACUGUGACCCUGUUGAGUGCCGAGGUCUGAGGUGUCGGGAGAGGUGACCUGGUGCUUCUGCUGCCAGUCCAAGUGCCAGGAGCUGCUCUGUCCUUGUUCGGUAGAUGCCCGUCCUUGACGGAAGGGCAGAGCAGGGGAGGGCAUGCCCAUCUGUUGCUGUGGUAACCUUUUAAAACCGACCUCACUGCUGGGCGAAGAGAACCCUCCUCCCAGCCCCUCCUCUGCACUUGCAGACCCAGCUACCUGCUUUGGGGGGCUGAGGGGACCCGCAUUCCGGCAGUUCUGGGUCAGAGUCCCAUCAAGGUGACCGUGGAGCAGACUGGCCCCUCGGGCGCCCUGGAGCUCUGUCCCAUGAGCCGGGAGGUGCCAGACAAGGUUCGGACUCAGGGUUUUCUGUCUGCUAUGGUCUGACUUCCGCACAUGUCAUCUUGUGGCAUGCAGGACCCCGAGAUGCAGGCGGGGGCUCUGGGGUGACUACACCCACAGAUAGGCUGAUGCACCUCAGCGUCCAGCGCGAUUCUGCCUGUGUGGGGCAAGGCUAGCUGUGCCGCCAGCCUGAGGCCCUGCGGUGUCCAUGUGCCUUCUUGGGCAGCGUCCCGCCCAGAACCUGACAGAAGAGGCUGUUUGGGGGCUGUUUUUGCUUUUUGAUCUCCUGUAUAAACGGGUUCUCAGCACAUUGAGCAGAUCCGAACUGCCCCAUAGGGCUGGCUGGUUCCUUCUGGCACUGUGUGCAUUUGAGCCAUAAAGCGUGACCAACAGGCUGCUUCUGUCCUUCAGCGGCUGCUGCUCAUCUGCCUGGGGCCUGUCGUGGGUGGCGAGGGACAAGCCACCGCCGGAUAGUGAACUACGCAGACACCCCAACCAGGCCCUACCGCAGGGGGGACAGCGGGAUGGGCACAGCUCGCACUGCAGGGCAGCAGCUUGGAGGGGGUGACAGGGUUAAGGCGCUGCUUACACAGGUCACUGUGGAGAAUUCCAGUACCGAAGACUUCAGUGUGCUUUUCUGAAGGGAACGUCCCAACGGCCUCUGCUCCUGGUGGCAUCUCCCUGCCGUGAACUGAGCAGGCUUUUGGGGGGCCCUGGCCACAUUUUUGGAGGCUCAUCUGGGGGCGCUUUCUAGUCUGCCCCCUCCCACCCCAGGCACUGUACAGGUCAACAGGAAGACGCUCGCGAGUGACAUAGGGAAGGUUGUGUCAGCUGGGAAUGGCAGAGGCCACGUUUUCCCACAGAGCUUUCCUCUGGGCCCUGAGCCUGGGCCGUUGGCUGGCAUUUUCUGUUUUGUCUUGUGGGCGGGGGGUGUGGAGAGGUUGCUUCCAGCUGCGAGGCAGAGGCUGGGAGGACGGGGGACCCUGCACGCCUCUGCCCUUCCUGCCUGCGCUGUCCCAUGUGCCACCACAGCCUUGCCUGGUGAAAGGACACCGAUUGUGUUAUCCCCGUGGGAGCCUUCCUGCCACUCGGGAACCGCGAUGCUUCCGCUCCCUCAAGGCCGGAGUGAAAUUCAGCCGCUGCCUCAGCCGGGCCUGCGGUGUGGGAGCAGCCUGCGCCCAGCUCCCUCAGUGGUGACCAAGGACACGCUCCGGUCGUUGGCCAAAGAUGCAGGGCUGGAAGGGAAGAUGGAGUCUGGGCCCUGAGCCGCCGGCUGUCAGGAUGGCUGUGUCUGAGGCCUUUCCCCUGGCUUUGCUGUGUCAGUUUUACGUGUGAAGCACUUUAUCAGGCUGCAGGAAUCAGUUACGAUUACUACCACACCCAAUAAACUGGAAUUGUUUACAGAUGGUCUACGUUCCCAGAUUUUUCAUCAGUAAACAUGGACUAUUAAACAUUUAUAAAAGUUGG